UUUUGUGUGCACUCAGGUGUCAAAUUUCCUUUCCAAAAUAUUGCAUUUAUUUUAAUUGUUUGUGAAUAAAACUAAGAAAAUGCAGAAUCCCAAUGAGGAUACUGAAUGGAAUGAUGUCCUCCGGGCCAAAGGGAUCCUGCCGCCCAAGGAGAAGGAGGUUUCUGAAGAAGAGAUCGUGAAUAUGAUCGAGCAGACAAUUCUACAAAAGCAGGUUGAAAAGGAUAAACAACUGUCAGAACUGGACUUAGACGGUCUCGAUGAGCUUGAGGACUCUGAAGAUGAAGCUGUUCUAGAAGAGUAUAGAAGGAAACGGAUAGCAGAGCUCAAAAAGUUGGCAGAGAAGCCUCGCUUCGGAGACGUGAGGGAGGUCUCGGGGCAGGACUACGUGCAGGAGGUCAAUAAAGCUGGAGAGGGCAUUUGGGUGGUCAUACAUUUGUAUAAACAAGGUAUCCAGCAGUGUGCACUCCUCAACCAACACAUGAGGCAACUGGCAGCCAAGUUUCCGUACACCAAGUUCUUGAAGGCGGUGGCUCAGACCUGCAUCCCCAACUACCCCGAGAGGAACCUGCCCAGUGUGUUUGUGUACUUCGAAGGAGAUAUGAAAAAGCAGUUUAUUGGUGUGGAGCUGAGAGGAACUGCUCUCACAUGUGAUGAAUUUGAGUUCCUACUAGGACAAGUAGGAGCAGUGGAAAGCACAAUAAAAGAGGACCCCAAACCAAAGAUCAAGGACAAAAUGUUUGCAGACCUUGGCUCCAAUGACUGGUGAUGUUUGUCAUAGAUGAAUGCUUUUCAUUUGUCUAUGAUUUGUUAAGGAAGUGACAAUAGACUUUGCUUGGGGUUGGUGGGUUCGAUUGUAGCUUGUAAUGCGAAUAUUUAUUUAUUUUCUGUUAAGUUACUAACUAAAGAUUACUUUGAUAGUAUUAAAAUGAAUGUAUUUUGAAUAUGAAUGAGAUGUGAAAUUUGGAAAUUGUUAUAUGCAAUUUACCUAUCGACCUAAGUGCACAAAUUACACCUUGGUUGAGUACAAGAUGAAAUAUGUAAUAAAUUUUAAUAUUUUUUACACUACAGUUAUCUCUUGUA